GGCCGGUCUGGACAGGACCCCCACAAAAUAUGUACAAAAGAAGUCGGUCCAUGCUUCGUGGGAACUGAGUAAGUGGAUAAGUUUGUAGGCAACAGUCACUUUUCAAGACCAGUCCACAAUCUCAUCGAUAACGUUGUUUUGUUGUAUGAUAUAACAGAGAUUACUUUCCAAGAAAUAUAGAUUAGUCUUUUUGUACGCUAAAGGAAUAGCAUGGUGGCAGUGAAUAGACUCACUAAGAUGUAGCCAAAAUGAAUGAUGAGAUGCUUUAACAAUAAGGGUACAUAUUCAAUUUAAGGAUUUCUUAUUCAUUACACGUUUUGCGCCAUAGAUAUGGAUAUUUUUUUCAGAAGAAAGAGGGCAUUGAAAACUCUCCUCAGCUUGUCUCUAGUUUUUGCGUCUUUAUUGAUGAUCCAAAAGUUCAAGCUUGUGGAUAACAGCAUCAAGGAUGAUAUGGAGGUUAAACGCAAGGAAGAAGCCGGUUGGUGUGGACCUGACUGUGAUUUCUACAAAGGAAAAGGCCUAUUGAAAAGCAGUUUGGGAAACUACUCGCCUGUUCUUGGUGAUGAUUUGGAUGCGCCACGGGUGAAGGUGUCCGACGCUACUCCAGCUACUUGGGAUGUACACGUUAUGAACUGCAGUGAAGAUUCAGCCGUGAGGAAAAAUGAUUGGUUUCGACGUUUGGAUCCGAGGUUCCACCAAUUUGUGCUACACAGACAUUGUCGGUAUUUCCCAAUGUUAAUAAAUCACCCGGAUAAAUGCAGGAAUGGAGACGUACACUUGCUCAUGGUUGUAAAAUCCGUUAUAGAGCAGCAUGAUAGGCGAGAGGCCGUGCGUAAUACCUGGGGUAGGGAACAGGAAAUUGAUGGUAAGAGAAUAAAAACGCUGUUUCUUCUAGGAAGCCCUACAAAUGGUAAAGACACGAAAAACCUUCAAAAGUUGAUUGAGUAUGAGGACAUUAUAUAUGGAGACAUUCUUCAAUGGGAUUUUAUGGACACAUUUUUCAACCUCACCUUGAAAGAGGUAAAUUUUCUGAAAUGGUUUGAUAUUCACUGCUCCAGUGCCAAGUUUAUAUUCAAAGGGGAUGACGACGUUUUCGUGAAUACAAAGAACUUACUGGAACUUAUUGGUUUCAAGACUGAGGACCGCAAAGUGCUGAACUUAUUUGUUGGGGACACCAUAUCCAAAGCCAUCCCCAUCAGAAACCAUCAAAGUAAAUACUACAUCCCCAAAGAGCUGUUUGACAAACCGUACCCACCUUAUGUUGGUGGUGGUGGGUUUUUAAUGUCCUCACAAUUAGCUCAUAGACUGUUUGUGGUUUCAGAGGACUUGGAGCUCUAUCCCAUUGAUGAUGUGUUUUUGGGAAUGUGCCUCCAGAAGCUACACUUGACUCCAGAGAUGCACAUAGGUUUCAGGACCUUUGGCAUCAUGAAACGCAGAGUGAGUCCAAUGAACAGAGAACCUUGCUUUUUCAAAAAACUCAUCGUAGUCCAUAAAUUGAGUCCUCAGGAGCUAUUCAGGAUGUGGAGUGUAGUGGAAAAUAAGGAGCUGGUCUGUGCCAAAAACACUGCACCAUGAUUGUCAAGCUAAAGCUCAGUGUGACAAAGGUUAUGCAACAAAUAUUGUUAAAUUGUUAAUUGUAAUAUGUGUAUGUAGGCCUAGUAGGACACACUGAUAAACUAAAACAUCCAACACUAAAAUAUCCAACACUAAAAUAUCCAACUAACAAAGACAAUGUGAAAAGAAUGACAUUCUUUAAUUCUCACUGACCUGUUUAAUGUUUCACUUUUGUAAUGUUUAUUGUAAUGUCAAUAGGUAGGAAAACCAAAUUAGUAAGUGUACAUGACUUAUGUCUAUACAAAAUUAACCACUUUUUCAGCAAACUGUAAAUAUAUGGCAGUAUUGAACACUGAAAAGCCUUUUUCAUGCCAGUUUAGUGCCUUUGAUUUUUGAGAUUAU